AAGCGCGGAGUGAUUCGCGGAGUCGGCGGAGGACCCGCUGGUUGCGGCUUGUACUCUUGGGAGGAGUACGGUACUGAGAGGGGCUCGGAAGGCCUGGGUUGCUGGCUCUCUCGGAUCUUUUGGGUACUGGACUACAUUUUCCAGAAGCCUGCGGGUGUAACGUCACUUUCUACCAGGUUGUCAGCGCUGUUAAUGCUGGAAUGAGCUGAGCCGCGCAGCGGCUUAGGGAGCGCGGACUGUUGAUGUGGACCGGACCGCUGGGACCCGGCAGGACGCCGGAGAAGCAGAAGGAAUCCACCUGGGGAGCCCUAUGCGGAUUCUCGACUUCCACUCUGGUUCCCAAAGAGGCAGGGCAUCAUUGCUCAGGUGACCAGAGAACAAGGGAAGAGUAGCUGUUGGACGACUAAGAUUUUUACCCAAGGGAUCGAACCCAUGUCCUCUGCAGUGGAAGCAUGGAGUCUGAAUCACUUGGACCUCCAGGGAAGUACCACCAAACUUUUUAAAUGAGCAAAGAGUUGGAAUACACAUUUCUCCAAAGAAAAUACACAAAUGACAAAUAAGCACAUAAAGAUGUUCAACAUCAUUGGGGAAAUGCAAAUCAAAAUCAUGACAUACCACUUCAAACCCACUAGAAUGAAUUUAAUCCAAAAGAUGGCGAAGAUGUGGAAAAAAUGGAACUUUGAUAUAUUGGUGGAACUGUAAGAUGAUGCAGCUGCUUUGAAAAAGAGUUGGCAGUUCCUCAAAAAGGACUCAGCACUUCUCCAGAGGAGGACUAAUAAUUUGCCCUUCUAAGCCAUGCCCCAUAGUUUGGUGUCGUUCAAGGAUGUGGCCAUAGACUUCUCACAGGAAGAGUGGGAGUGCCUGGACUUGGAACAGAAGGAUUUGUACAGAGAUGUGAUGUUGGAGAACUACAGCAACCUGGUCUCACUGGCAGGAUUUUCCAUUUCUAAGCCAGAUGUGCUCUCCUCAUUGGAGCAAGGCAAGGACCCUUGGAAGGUUGUACGGGAUGUGACAAGAGGUCUGAGCCCAGACUGGGAAUCCAGGUGUGAAACCAAGAAGCUAUCAUCAAAAAGAGAAAUUUAUGAACUAGAAGCAUCUCAAUGGGAGAUAGUAGAACAACUUACAAGCCGUAAGUGUGAGUGCAACAGUUUUCAAGAUGAUAAGGAAUGCAGAGACCAGUUUGAAAGCCAUUUAGGAAAUAAAGAGGGACUUUUUAGGCAACUAGUAGUCUAUGAAGAAAUGCCUAAUUUUAGUCAAACCACAUCCCUUAUGUUACAACAGAGAAUUCAUUCUACUGAGAAAUUCUGUGAGUGUAAAGUGUGCAGAAAAUAUUUUAUCCUUGGCUUUCAACAGACUGAACAUCAGAAAAAUCAUUCUGAUGAAAAAUUCUAUGAAUGUAAAGAAUGUGGAAAGGCCUUUAUUUGGGACUCACAACUUACUUACCAUCAGAGAGUUCAUGUUGCUAAGAAACCCUAUGAAUGUAAGGAAUGUAGAAAAGCUUUUAUCUGUGCCUCGCAACUUAUUUAUCAUCAAAGAAUUCAUACUGGAGAGAAACCUUAUGAAUGUAAAGAGUGUGGGAAGGCCUUUAUUCGUAGCUCUCAUCUUACUCAGCAUCAAAGAAUUCAUACUGGUGAAAGACCCUAUGAAUGUAAUGCAUGUGGGAAGGCCUUUUUUCGUGGCUCACAACUUACUUACCAUCAGAGAGUUCAUACUGCAGAGAAACCCUAUCAAUGUAAGGAAUGUGGAAAGGCCUUUAUUCGUGGCUCUCAACUUACUGAACAUCAGAGAAUUCAUACUGGUGAGAAACCCUAUGAAUGUAAGAAAUGUGGGAAAGCCUUUAGUUAUGGUUCACAGCUUACUCUACAUUAUAGACUCCAUACUGGUGAAAAGCCUUAUAAAUGUAAAGAUUGUGAGAUGUCCUUUAUUCGUGGCUCACAACUUACUGAACAUCAGAGGAUCCAUACAGGUAAGAAACCACACGAAUGUAAGCAGUGUGGAAAGGCCUUUAACUAUGGCUCACAGCUUAUUCGACAUCAGAGGAUUCAUACUGGCGAGAAACCAUAUGAAUGUCAAGAAUGUGGGAAAUCAUUUAUUCGUGGCUCACAACUUACUGAACAUCAAAAAAUUCACACUGGUGAAAAACCCUUUGAAUGUAAGGAAUGUGGGAAAGCCUUUAUUCGUGGCUCACAUCUUACUCAGCAUCAGAGAAUUCAUACUGGUGAAAAACCUUAUGAAUGUAAAGAAUGUGGAAAGGCCUUUAUUUAUGGCUCACAACUGUCUCAACAUCAGAAAAUUCAUACAGGUGAGAAUCCCUAUGAAUGUAAGCAGUGUGGGAAGAUCUUCAUUUGUGCCUCACAACUUAAUCUACAUCAGAUUUUUCAUACUGGUAGGAAACCAUAUGAAUGUAAGGAAUGUGGUAAGACUUUUAUUCGUAGUUCACAGCUAACUUAUCAUCAGAGAGUUCAUACUGGUGAGAAGCCCUAUGAAUGUAAUGAAUGUGGGAAGGCCUUUAUUCGUGGUUCACAUCUGACUCAGCAUCAGAGAAUUCAUACUGGUGAGAAACCAUACAAAUGUAACGAAUGUGGAAAGGCCUUUAAUCGUGGAUCACAACUUACUCAACAUCAGAGAAUUCAUUCUGGCGAGAAGCCUUAUAAAUGUAAUGAAUGUGGGAAAGCUUUUAGACGAGCCUCACACCUAACUCAACAUCAGAGUAUUCACACUGGUGAAAAACCCUAUGAAUGUAAGCAAUGUGGGAAGGCCUUUAGUCGUGAUUCACAACUCAGUCUUCAUCAGAGACUUCAUACUGGUGAGAAACCCUAUGCGUGCAAGGAAUGUGGGAAAGCCUUUACUCAGAGCUCACAACUUAUUUUACAUCAUAGGAUUCAUACUGGUGAAAAACCAUAUAAAUGUGAAGAAUGUGGGAAAGCCUUUAUUCGAAGCUCACAACUCACCCGACAUCAAAAAGUCCAUACUGGGGAGAAACCUUAUGAAUGUAAAGAAUGUGGGAAGGCCUUUACUCAGAACUCACAGCUUACUCUGCACCAGAGACUUCAUACUGGUGAGAAACUCUAUGAAUGUAAAGAAUGUAGGAAGGUCUUUACGCAGCUCUCACAACUUAUUCUUCAUAAGAGAAUUCAUACCGGUGAAAAACCCUAUGAAUGUAAGGAAUGUGGCAAAGCUUUUAUUUGUGGCUCACAGCUUUCUCAACAUCAGAAAAUUCAUAAUGGGGAAAAGCCAUACGAAUGUCAGGAAUGUGGAAAGGCUUUUAUUCGUGGCUCAUUACUUAUGCAACAUCAGAGGAUUCAUACUGGUGAAAAACCCUAUAAAUGUGAAGAAUGUGGGAAGGCCUUUAUCCGUGGCUCACAACUUACUCAACACCAGAGAAUUCAUACCAAUGAAAAGCCCUAUGAAUGUAAGGAAUGUGGAAAGACCUUUAGUCAUGGCUCACAACUUACUCAACAUCAGAGAAUUCAUACUGGCGAGAAACCCUAUCAGUGUAAGGAAUGUGGAAAGGCCUUUAAUCGUGGCUCCCUCCUUACUCGACAUCAAAGGAUUCAUACUGGUGAAAAACCCUAUGAGUGUAAAGAAUGUGGAAAGACCUUUAGUCGUGGCUCAGAACUUACUCAACAUGAGAGAAUUCACACUGGUGAGAAACCCUAUGAGUGUAAGGAAUGUGGGAAGUCUUUUAUUCGUGGCUCACAGCUUACUCAACAUCAGAGAAUUCAUACUGGUGAGAAACCCUAUGAAUGUAAAGAAUGUAGAAUGGCCUUUACACAGAGUUCACAUCUUUCUCAACAUCAGAGACUUCAUACUGGUGAGAAACCCUACAUAUGUAAUGAAUGUGGGAAGGCCUUUGCUCGUGGCUUACUACUUAUACAGCAUCAGAGAAUUCAUACAGGUGAGAAACCAUAUCAGUGUAAGGAAUGUGGGAAGGCCUUUAUUCGUGGUUCACAACUUACUCAACAUCAGCGAAUUCACACUGGAGAAAAACCCUAUGAAUGCAAGGAAUGUGGGAAGGCCUUUAGUCACGGUUCUCAACUUACUCUACAUCAGAGAAUCCAUACUGGUGAGAAACCCUAUGAAUGCAAAGAGUGUAGAAAAGCCUUUACUCAGAGCUCACAUCUUUCUCGACAUCAGAGAGUUCAUACUGGUGAGAAACCAUAUCAGUGUAAGGAAUGUGGGAAGGCCUUUACUCGUGGUUCACAGCUAACUCAACAUCAAAGGGUUCAUAUCAGUGAGAAAUCUUUUGAAUAUAAGGAAUGUGAAAUAGACUUCAGUCAUGGCUCACAAGUUUAUAUAUGAAUUAUCUGAUGCUUGUGACUAAUAUAGAGAGCCUUCUCUGAUCAUUAAUUCAUUAUCAUCAAAGAAUUCUUAAAAUGUGAAUAUGCAAACACAUUUGCUUCAUAAAGUUCAGCAUCAGUGAAUUUGUGUGGGGGAAAGAUAAUGAUAAUGUAAUCCAUGUAGAAAAACCUACUAAACUUUAGCAAAUUAUAAUAGAGAAUAAUUCUGUUAAUGUAAAUAUAGGAAGACUUUUAGCCAUAGCAUAUGUCUUUUUCAACAUUAUCUUGACUCAGUUGAUUUCCUUUGUGAUAUUUAACAUGAUAAUUAACCACUGCUUUGGUUUAAUCAAUUAUCAGAUAGACCUAAGACUAAUUCCUUAUAAGAUUCUUGGAAGUAUUAUGUAAGUUAUUACAUAAUAAAGUUCUUAGGACAGUGCCUUCAACAUAGCAUAUCACAGAUAUAAGCUAUCAUUAUGACUCAUGUUAUUUUAGAGAAUUAGCAUGAGAGGAGGACAUUUAUUAGUAUAAUGAAUGUUGAGAAUCUUUCAUUAGCAUUUAACCCUGAUUUUUUGAGUGGGGGGCACUGUAUGCUAUAAUGAAUAUGAGAAAGCUUUCAUUCACAUCUCAUCCCAUAUGCUGUACGAGGAAAUUCAUAGUGUAAAAAAAAAAAACCUGUACAUUUAAUCAGUGGAUUGUUGAAGAGGUGUGAAAUGAAUUGUAACAAAGUCCAAAAGCUCAUAUUUUCUACCAUCUCUGACCACAGUUCAAGAAUGUUACUUAGAAAUGAAAAAAAAUUGGAUAGCCAAAAUAAAUCUUUAUACUAGGAAAUUUUUUAAAACGUGAAUGCACAGCUUUUGAAUUAAACUAAGAAACUGACAUUAUAGACUAUUUUACAAUGAAAACUGAUAAGAAUCUGUGUCAGAGACUGCUAUUUCCCUACCCAAUAUUCAUUUUCCCUUCUUCAGUAAUAGAAUUCUUGGCUGAAAAGCUAUCUCAGCCUCCCUUGCAGAUCCACAAGAUGUAAGUGGUAUUUGUAUGAAUAGGACAUUUAAGAAAUCCUUAUUUCCUCUCUGCACUUUUUUUGUUUCCCUGCCUACAAUGUGGAUAUUUAAUCUGCACCUCUGGCAAUUUUAUGGGGACUUUGAGAAUGGUAUCUGGGUAUUAAGGAUGUUGGAGCAGAAAUACAGAACAUGUCUACACCUAUGCUGAUUUUAUGAAACAGCCAUACCAAUUUGGGUCUGCCUGCCUUCUGUAUUUCUUUAUAUAAAAUUAAACUUCUUAUUUGUUGAUGCUGUUGUCAUUUUGUU